UAUUUGCUUGGCACGGGAAGAACAAUGUUAGGCGUGAGGUACUAAGCAACGAUCAUCGGAUUUUUUUGUUUUUUAAAGUAAAAGCUCUGAAGGGCGUUUGGGUAUUACAACAACGCAAUGAUUCACGACACUAAAACUACUUAAGUGUAUGAUGAAAAAAUAUAUUUAUUAUUUUAAUGACUUGAAAACGUAUCGCUAACAUUGCACUGAUUGUGCUUUUAAGCAUUAACCUUUAUUUUAUUAAACUCUCCUCAGCCGGAAGAGAGCACAGAAAUUUCCUUGCUCGACAAACACAGCAGUGCACGUAAUUGGAAGCAGCCUUUUUUUUUUCCAACGACGACGGGUUGACAAUUUUGUUGUAUAAUUUUCUUACGAUUAGGGUUCUUGGCAGUGUGUCUCUUGUCUGUUGGGAUUUUUGUCUGCCGUUCGAAUUGGAAUGGCUGAGCCGAGCGCCAGAUAUCAGCAGCUGCCCAAUGUGGACGAGGCUGAGGCGAGCCCGCAGGUAGCUGCAGACGCGCCGCCUCCGUAUAGCAGCGCCACAGAGGAUAAUGCUGCCUACGUUGACUACAAAGAGGAUGGAAGUUUCCCCAAGCCGCCAUCUUACAAUGUGGCGACCACACUACCUUCCUAUGAUGAGGCGGAGAGAAGCAAAGCGGAGGCAGCUGUUCCUUUGGUAACUGCAAGAGAUGCAGACUUUGUGGCCAGAGAUGAUUUUGAAGAUGCUGAUCAGCUAAGGAUAGGAAAUGAUGGCAUCUUCAUGCUCACCUUCUUCAUGGCAUUCCUCUUCAACUGGAUCGGUUUCUUCCUGUCCUUCUGUUUGACCACUUCAGCGGCCGGCCGCUACGGGGCCAUCUCAGGCUUUGGGCUCUCGCUCAUCAAAUGGGUCCUCAUCGUCAGGUUCUCCACAUACUUUCCUGGGUACUUUGAUGGACAAUAUUGGCUGUGGUGGGUGUUCCUGGUGUUGGGCUUCUUGCUCUUUCUCCGAGGCUUCAUCAACUACACCCGAAUCCGCAAGAUGGCUGACACGUUCUCCACACUGCCCCGCACCAGAGUCCUCUUCAUCUACUGAGCUCAGUGGCAUCGUAUUUCCUUUGGGGUGGGAGACUUAUUUACUAUCAUUCCUCUGCUUGAUAUAAAAAAAAAAAAGACCAUCAACAAACAGUUGGUUCUCUUUUGGUGUAAACCAGAAAAAAUAAAUACCUUCACCUGUUUUGUGUUGUAAAAGUGCUGAUUGCGGAUAUAACGUUGUAUGCCUUA